CUCGGACGGGUAGUACGUCUGUCACGUUAUAUUUUUUUUUUAUUGUUCGGUGGAGCAAUACCAUAUGGACUUUGUACCAGCGGGAGAUAGAUCCUUUUAGACCUAAAUCAUGCUUAAAAACAAUGCAAAGAAGACGGCGGUGGUGGCGGGCGGCUCGGCGUGCGUGUGCGUGCUGCUGCUGCUGGUGGCCGUGCAGCAUCACCGGGGCCAGCUGGAGCAGGAGCCCGGAGCCCCGGCGGAGCGGGACGCUCCCGAUAGGAAGGGAUUCUCGGCGUACUUCACCAAACUGACCCGGGGACGGAGGGAGGUGGAGAAGCCGGCGGGCUCCUCCGCCGCCGCCGCCGCGGAGCCGCCUCCGGCCGAGGACAUCAGCGCGGAGGACAUCUUCAUCGCGGUGAAGACCACCAAGAAGUUCCACCAGUCCCGGCUCAACCUGCUGCUGGACACCUGGAUCUCCAGAAACAUGAAACAGACGUACAUCUUCACGGACGGAGAAGACGAGGAGCUUAAAAAGAAGAUCGGGAGUCAUGUGAUCAACACCAACUGCUCCGCAGCUCACAGCAGGCAAGCUCUGUCCUGCAAGAUGGCGGUGGAGUACGACAAGUUCAUAGAGUCGGGGAAAAAGUGGUUCUGUCACGUGGACGACGACAACUACGUGAAUGUUCGGACCCUGGUGAAGCACCUGUCUCAGUACCCGCACACCCAGGACAAAUACAUCGGCAAACCCAGUCUGGACCGGCCCAUAGAGGCCACGGAGAGGCUGGGCGACAACAAGAUGAAACCCGUCAACUUCUGGUUCGCCACGGGGGGAGCCGGUUUCUGCGUGAGCCGGGGUCUGGCCCUGAAGAUGAGCCCGUGGGCCAGUGGCGGCCACUUCAUGAAUACGGCGGAAAAGAUCCGCCUGCCUGACGACUGCACCAUCGGCUACAUCAUCGAGUCGGUCCUGGGGGUCCCGCUGACCCGAAGUAACCUGUUCCACUCCCACCUGGAGAACCUGCAGCAGGUGUCCCGGUCUGAGAUCCACAAGCAGAUCACCCUCAGUUAUGGGAUGUUCGAAAACAAGAGCAAUAUCAUCAAUUUGAAAGGGGCUUUUUCUGUGGAGGAGGACCCAUCGAGGUUCAAGUCGGUGCAGUGUCUGCUGUAUCCAGACACGCCGUGGUGUCCGCCCCAGGUUGCCUUCUAGGGCGACCGCUCCUCUCUCAUCCUCGUCCCCGCCGUGCCUCGGUAUCUGAAAGGCUCGCGGGGACCAGUGUUUUGGUAUGAGGCCGCGUGGCCGCUGCGUUCUUGCGCGGCGGCGCGCUGUCUUUUUAAUGGUUUUACUGGGCUGCUGUGCGGCCCGCCUCGGGACUUUCCCCUUCCUGCCCGGCUCUGCGGCAGGAGGCUUUGCUUUUCACCGUCUAAAAGCUUUGCAGGCAAUCAGUUGAGCUUUGUGAUGUAUAUGUUGCUUGUAAAUGUAUCUGCAAUUCUCAUAGAAUGUAUCGACAUAUAUUCAAGCCUUUUUCGCCAGCUUUACACGAACUAACAGCUUUUACGAAUGCAAAGCCACCCCGGUCUCGGGUUGGCUUUGGCGCUUUUAUCGCAUAAUUUUCUCUUCCAGCCAUUUGCGUUAAGUUCUUCUAACUCAGAUGACUCCGGAAAAAUGUUCUAAUAUGAAGAUGUUAUUGUAUUUUUAAGCGAACAGUGUUAUUCCUCUGAGCUGGCACAUUUCCAGAUGCAUCCUUUGGAGACGUAAUCUGAGGUAUAUCAGGACAAAGCACUUUCCCUUUUUAUAUAUUUUAUGGUUAAUUGACCGAGUUUACGUCCUCGAUACUUCAGAUUCGUCUCCAAACCAUCAUCAACCACAAAACAACCCCUCAAAAUCUCCCCCUCCUUUCACGUACACGUAUUUAAUACCAGUCCUUGCAUUAGUUACAAUCAGGGCAAAGUAUUGAGUCAGAGGAGAUUUUGUUUCGGGGGUUCAAAUCAGCUUCCAAUUGCUUUUUGAAAAGUCUUCUUUUGUCAUUGUUUGUUUGAAAAUUGCACAGCUGUGUUUCAAACGAGCCGAUGCGCGGCGCUCACCUCUCACGGUCCAGCGGCGCAGAAUCGCCGGGCUUUCAGCCGGAAUUGGCGACACCCAAAAAAAGUAAUCCGAGCUGCAGUCUACUAGAGUUUGCACAAAAGACGGAUCAGUUUCUGUUACGGCCGACGCGACUGUUCCUUGUUGACACACAACAGCGCCUGGUUACCGCCGGGCCCUGCGAGGUGAGCGCAGCGUCGGUUCUUUCACACGGUGUCCGUUUGCUCCGUGUCGUCUCUCACCCAUAUUGGGUGACCCGAUGCAUCUUGAUUGCGGUAUUGUAUACCGCCCCUUUGUUUUAAUAACUAGUGAUUGUUUAUGCUUAGAAUGUAAUAUUCCCAUUGUGGUUUACGCCCACUUUUAAUGACCUGGCCAUGAUUUUGUACUGCUUUUAAGUGUGCUGAAUGACCGCUUGCGAUUAUUCUCCGGUAUCUGGAGGGUUCGGGCGGUUCAUUUGUAAUACUGGCUUCUCAGGGAUUAUGAGCUGAUCCUGGUAUUAACUACCAUGGGACCCACGGUGGGACCUAAAACUAUGAAUAAAAGUGCAUAACCACUGAAAAA